AUGUCCUCCAUCCGCUUCAUUUGCCAGUGUUGCCACCAGCCCCUGCGGCUGACUCGGAACAGCUCGGGCCUGGGCAGCAGCCAGGAACCUGCGGCUCCGGAGCUCCCCUCCGCUCAGGGGCCACCAGGAGAAACCUCAGAGGAAGGCUCAGCCUCCAGAGUGGAGACACGUGCUGAAAAGCUGCAAGAUGGUGCCUCUGGCUGGACCCUCCCUGGCGAUGGCCAGAUGUCCAGGUGCAGCCCCAGGAAGUUCACCCUGCUUGGGGAGCCGGUCUCCGGGAGGAGUCUCAGUAGCAUCCAGAAGGCCACGGGGGGCAUUUUUGACAUCCUGUCCGGUGAAGGUGAUCUGGACCACCCCCUGUGUGAGGACUGUACCGACAAUCUUUUGGAGGAGUUGGACAGCCAACUCACUAUCUCAGAAUCCGACUGUCAGAACUACCAGCGCUGUGUGGUGACCGGGGAGAGAAGCGAGGACGAGAGGGAGGCGCUGCAGGAGGAGCUGAGGGGCGCGGAGCUGGAGGAAGCCAGGCUGGUGCAGCAGCUGGAGGAGGUAGAGCGGAACCAGGGGAGGGCAGCCGCGGCCCUGGAGGCAGCCCAGGCAGAGACGGCGAUGCUGGACCAGCAGGAGAGGCGGCACCACAGGGACUGCAGUGAUCUGCACUGGCAGCAGCUGGAGCUGCGGGACGAGCUGAGCAGCGUGGAGAACCAGCUGCGGCUCGCCCGGGCCCAGCUCGCCCGGCUGGAGAAAACCAACGCCUUCAGGUCAGUGUUCGAGAUCCGCAAGGAUGGCCCCUUGGCCGUCAUCAACAACUUCAGACUGGGCUGCCUGCCCACGGAGCCGGUGAGCUGGGCCGAGAUCGGCGCGGCCUGGGGGCAGGCGGCCUUGCUGCUGGUGGCCCUGUCUAGGGCGCUGGGCCUGCAGUUCCAGCGGUACCGGCUCGUCCCCUGCGGGAACCGCUCCUACCUGACGUCUUUGGCGGGGGACGGUCCUGAGCUGCCCUUGUACUAUGCCAGGGGCCAGUGUCCGCUCUUGCAAAGCAAGUUCGAUCAGGCGAUGGUGGCUUUCCUGGACUGCAUGCAGCAGUUCCAGGAGGAAGCGGAGAAAGGCGAGCCGGGUCUCUGCAUGCCGCACAGGAUCCACGCCGAGAGGGGGCUGCUGGAAGACGCGGGAGCCGGCCGCCUCUACUCCAUCCGGACCCACCGCAACACGGAGGAGAGCUGGACCAGGGCGCUCCGGCUCCUGCUCACAAACUUUGAGUGGUGUCUCGCUUGGGUUUCCUUAAGGCAUUGUCAAAAAUGA